GCCAAAUUUUUACAGCGCAGAAAGCGCAAAACAAAAACAGCCGCGGGUCCUGCGCUUUCUAAAGGAAACAGCGCUAAAAGCGGAUUGUUUGGGGCAAACUACAUCUCCACAGGAUGUCGGAACACUUUGGAUACUCACCCAGCUUCAAGCGACCAGCGGAAAUUUUGCGAAUGAGGUGCAAAAGAGCCCGAAGCGACACCGGUGCCGGGUCCACAGACCGCCCCGAACAAAGCGGCUCAUCUCCGACGUGCGUGCGGACUUUCUCCCCGGAACCGCUCUCCGGCGCCCAGAACCAUUCCGGGGUUGGAAUAAAACGCAGGAACCCGUUCGCAAAAAUAGAAAACACUUACAGUCCCAAGAAGAAACGUCUGACUUUCAGCGACGCCAGCUGUAACCCCGAAAACUCUGAUAGCUCCGGGAUCACAAACAAUGAGAGAGAUGAAGAAUCAUCGAAGAGAGAAGGCGCGCUAGAUCUGGCUCUCAGUUUCAGGCUCGAUGAGGCACAAAAACAGGAGUACCGACAAGCUUCCAGCCAGAAAUCUGGAUCUCUGUCUGACAGUGAUGUGUUGUUGGAAGAAGAACCGGAGCAUAUUAAAAGCCCCCUGCUAAAGAGCCCCCAAGCCAGUGCUCCCACUGCAGCUCCUGUGUGCACCCAGUAUCCAGCAGACUGGAGCCUGAAGACUCGUCUCCUCCUGACCUCUCUGGUCUCCCUUUCAUGGGCAGAGCAGCUCAAGGCUCAGGAAGAAGCUCAGGGGCUCAGCCAGCACUGCAGGGCACAGUUCAGUUCCCUGCCACACAGUCCACAGGAUCCCAGGUCCUGCUCAGAGCUACGUUGUGCCUUCCAGCAAAGCCUGGUCUACUGGCAGCAUCCCUCCAUACCCUGGCUGUCUUUGUUCCCUAGGAUCAACGCUGAAAGGAGCUUCUUUGGCAAGAGCGCCCCCUGGGCUCAUGAUGCAACAAUACAGCAGAGUCUCAUGACAGAAUGGUCCGUCAGUCUGUCAUCUCUCUACAGUCUGUUAAAGGCCAGACUGUGUCCGUACUUCUACCUCUGUUCCUAUCAGUUCACAGUGUUGUUCCGGGCAGCAGGUCUUGGAGGAUCCAGCAGCAUCACUGCUUUCAUUUCCCCCACAACGAGGGGCCUCAGAGAGGCAAUGAAGGCUGAAGGUAUAGAGUUCACCCUCCCUCUGCUGGAGGAACAGAGGAGGUGCAGGGAGGCACAGAAGCAGACCAUUCACCAAGAGGAGGAGCAGGAGGAACAAGAGGUCACGUGCUCCAAGCUGAGCGAUACAGUUGAUGGAGGAGACCAUGAUGGAGACUACAGAGAUGAAGACAGCACUUUGUCUUGGCUGAAAGAGAUGGGAGUCCAGGACAAAAUCAAGAAGCCAGACCUCCACACCCUACACCUUCAUAAGGAGGGCCACGUCAUGUCUGUGGACCAUAAGCCUGAGUCUGUGAUAUGUGUGAAAGGACUUCACACUUUCACUCUCAUCAACUUCUUCAUCAAUUGGAAGGGUGUGGUUGCUUCAUCCGGCUCCCAGGCAGGGUUACCGCCCACACUGUUGGCUCCCAGUGCUUUUAGAGGAGCUACAAUGCACACUCUGAAGAGCCGUUGUGUGAACGUGAGACGUCAAGUUGGUUCUUCCUACCAGAACAUCAGCAGUCUGGAGAUCACAGGACCUGUCCUCCCCUCGUCUCUCCAUGCUAUCCUAACGUUACUUCGGCCUGCGCAGAAAGGAAACUUCUCAGCUGCGCUUUACACACAUACUCCUACCGCGGUUAUGAACGUACACAGCACCAAGCAGCAGGUUGGCGAGGCCUCGGUAGAACUGUCCUCUUGUGGUCUCCAUCCUGCUUCCAUCCAGCAGCUGCAGCAGCCUUCCACCCUGGGAAAGACAGCCCUGACACACAUCACCAUGAACAACUACAGCUACACAUGGAAGAACUAAGAACGUGCUGAGAGUUUACACAACACAAAGAAGUUUGCAUUAAUUUGAGUUAACAGCUGCAAUCCUGAAACUCAGAUUCCACUGUGACGCUGUGUGCAUACUGGAAGAGAUUCACAGCUACACGCUGACCAGAAAGUGAAGGGUGUUCCAUGACUACAGCGGGCAAAAUAACCACUGGUGAUGUGAAGUAGACGGGAUUCAGAAUAAAAGUUUAUUCAUUUUCAGGCGUCAGGUGAAAGCCUGAAGUGCUACCUGUGGGAAUGAAGAAUAUUGUUGAUUUACAGGGUAGUGGUAUCUGGGCAACUGGGGCCUGGAGCGUCAGCAAGCGACCAACCACCAGCUUCAAAGCAAUGUGUGAUGAGCGAAUCACUUCCGGCAUGUACACAGCUUAAGUGUCUGUUUAUGUUGAGGUUUCUUUUAAGCAAACUUUAUUGCACUGCACCGGAUGUGAUUAUUUAUUAAACUCUAUAUUGCUCAAUUACUUUUAAUCUUUCUUCUCAUACAAGAUUUAUCAACGAUAAAUGCUGGAAUGUUUUCAGGUACUGGAAUGCUGAUGAAAUAAAUUGUUAAAGUUA